GAUCUCUUUACUUUUAUUUCAACCUCUACAUAAAAGUCCCUUGCGAGAAUCGGGUAACCCACGACACGUACCACGACACCAAAUUGCCUCCAUCAUGCAAAUCGCCGCUAUCCUCACAACCAUGAGCUACCUCGCCACGAGCGUAGUAGCAAUACAAUGGUGGUUCGAGGAGGACGGGACCGCUUAUCCAGAUGGUGGAACGAUUUCGCAGGGCAAGCAAUGUACCGGAUGGGUGUUUUGUGUAAAUAGUACCCUUUCUAGCCCACACGCAACUUUAAAUACUACCCUGUUUCUGUUUCCAAAAAACAAUUCAAAUACUGAUGAGUAAUAUAACCAUAGGGUGAUUACAUCCCGUCCGCCCUAGGCAGCCACGGCCUCGUAAUCCCACGCGACGGAUGUGAACAAUUCAAUGUUUUCAAAAACGGAGCCUAUGACAUCGUACGCUGUAAUGCUCGGUACACGGGAGAUAAAGGUGUAAGUGUCCAUCUGACCUCUGAUGCCGAUCUACUUUGCUAA